CUAGAAGUGGGAGGUGUUAGGCGGGCAGGCAGGCCUACCUGUUGCACAGAUGAAGGUCAGUGACAAACACAGGUAGAAAGGACAGAAGAAGAACAGAGGGGGAAGAAUCAAGGUGUUUCUAAUGUGGCGUCACCAUGGUCUGACCACUGCUCCGCAACUAAACGCCUGGAUGUGAAAAAGGAUUCACCUACCUGGUGACACCUGCACUCUCCACUCUUCUGUUGCCCUGAGUCCGAUGGCAAAGCGAAAUGACCCGAACGAUCCCCCUCCUCCUUACUACCCGAUUACUGUGCACACGUUGCCCCCCCUCAAGCCCUACGACGAUGUAGUAUAUGGGGUGGGGCCCGGCCUGACACCCCCCAACCAUCCACAGUACAUCCCCCAGUAUUCACCGCCUGUGGCUGUUCCACCAGUCUCACACUCAGGGAAGCCCGGCAGCCAUAAGAAGAGGAGAUGCUGUGAGAAUAAUGCCCAGUUUUACGGAGGGUCAGGGGGAGUUUUCCUGGUGCUCGCUCUGCUGGCACUGGGCAUCUGGCUUGGAGUCCGUUUCGGCACCAGGCUGGCGACCGCAUCGAGCCUGUUCGAUGACGACGAUCAUUACGAAGAAGAUCUCUCUUUACCUAAGUACGACACCUGCCCCAACAAUACUGUCUACUGUGAUGGAAAGAGAGACUGUCAACUGGGUAGCGACGAAACAAACUGUGUGACAUUUGGUAACGACAAUCGUCUGCUGGUCAAAACAGCUCAAGAUGGCCGCUUCCUACCAGUGUGCUACAGCGGCUGGGACCAGAGCUACGCUGAACAAACCUGUGCUCAGCUAGGUCUCAGAAAACACUUUUUCACCGAAGCAUUGAAAUCUCAGGAGUCCAGAGCUCUAGAAUUGACCGAAAAAGCACCGUUGCCUAUCCAGAGUCUGGUGAAUGUCAGUUCUUCCUGUCCCAAACAGCAGAUCGUUUCCCUGCAGUGUGUGGACUGUGGUAAGCAGCAGUCUACAUCCCGGAUCAUCGGAGGCACUGCAGCCAAGACAGGUCAGUGGCCUUGGCAGUUGUCGCUCCACUUCAGACAAUCCCAUGUCUGCGGCGCAGUCCUGAUCUCCCCGGAUUUUUUGCUGACCGCUGCCCACUGCUUCCCGCGAAGCAACUCAGAGACUCUCUUAGCGAAGAACUGGAAAGUGUAUGCUGGAACGGUGUCUCUGAACAGUCUGCCUACGGCUUAUAAGGUGAAGAGGAUCCUGCUCAACCAGAACUACAACAACCGGACUAACGACUUAGAUGUUGCUCUGAUCAAACUUAAAUCUCCAGUUGUUUUCAGCAAAAAAGUACAACCAGUUUGUCUACCAAAAGUUGGCCAGACAUUUCCCCAAGGAACCAAAUGCUGGACCACUGGCUUUGGCGCCACUGCAGUAGGAUCAGCUGUCUCUGAUGAUCUGAUGGAGGUGAUGGUGGACAUCAUUGAUAGACAAGUGUGUAACAGACCCGGUGUGUAUGGAGGCAGUGUGACCAGAAACAUGCUCUGUGCUGGUAAACUGGAGGGAGGCAAGGAUUCCUGUCAGGGGGACAGUGGUGGACCUCUGGUCUGUGAUUCUGACGGCCAUUGGUACCUGAUGGGGAUCACGAGUUGGGGGUCUGGCUGUGGAGAUAGAAACAAGCCCGGAGUUUAUACCGAUGUCAAAAGUGUUCUUCCCUGGAUCUAUAGCCAGAUGCAGCAAGAGAGGCCGUGAUGUCCGCCCUUCACCGAGGAACCCUGCACUAUGAAGUCGUCUCAGGGAGAUGGACGGACUAAGGCCCAACAGUCCACUUACAUCCCAUCAUACCUCAGAAAAUUGCAACCAUAGAAAUCAGUCCCUUAAAUAUGCCAAAUUUUUGCUAUAAUGCUAUACAAUGUGGGGGGGAAAUAUCCUGAAUUUAACCCCUUUCGCUGAAAAUGUAACGGGUUCUUUCUUAGUCUGUGUCCCAUCCUUCCGAGUUUAAUGCAAAACAAUGGACUUGGGUGAAAAGGUGUCCUCCCUGGCUGAGGAAAUGAAUUGAUGAUGAGACGCUGUAGACAGGAAGGCAGAUGAAGGGGUUGGGGGGAGAAGCAACAUGGCGAAAUGCAGAAGCUCAACACAGGACUUAAAUUUUUCUCCAUUUUCUACACUCAUUCUCCAUCACACAACUGUCCUGUGUACCGCCUGACCGUGAUUAUCAUUGCACACCAUAAUCCAUACAAUGACACCCUUUUCUUCAUUCCUUCUUCCUCCUGUCUCUUGGUGUCUCUAUGUUUACCUACAGUACGUGUUCAGUGGAACCUAAGGAUGGCUGGACCUUCUGUCCCAUGCUCUGUGCCAAUGAAGCUGUCCACUGCACUGUGAUCUCCAAAGCUGGUGUGAUAAUGAUACGCUUUGCAAAAUGAUCCAUGAUUGUAGAGGUGUGUUCUCCCUCCUCGGGGACACAGCUCCUGUCUCUUAUUUGUUAACUGUUGUUUACCACACUAAAAAAAAAAAUUAAAACUGACACUUUAUGCAUUCACUUGAAAAGAAAGAAAGCAGUGUGACCCUCGAACCUGUCUUUAAUAGGCUGGCGCUCACACUGUGAAUUUAAUUUCAGAAAUUGUUCUUUUAUGUUGUAUGUCAAUGUGUGUGGGUGUGUGUCGUCUGUGUCGUAUGUAUGUGGAGUUGCCAAUUUGUCACUCGGAAACGUCUAUUUGUCUAAUGUAUGGGAUCAAUGAGUUUUUAACACUGAGCAUUAAAAAAAAAGAAUAAAGAUGAAGGAAAUUCUUGAUAA